AUGAAUGCAGACCCCAGACAAAAUCAGGUAACACUUCCAAUCCCGCACCUACUGCCUGCAUACAAUGCCUCUCCACAACUCCCCCUUGCCACUCCUGAGGACUCGGAUCUCGAUACCUCAUCUUCAGUAGUUUCUGUCAGGGAGAACACAUUUUCUUCAAAUAUCUCAACCAAUACCGUUCUUCAUGUCGAACCGCCGCAGUUGGGUUCGGUGCGUAGUUCCACCCUCCCCUACCAGAGGGGAGAUGAGGGGGAUAGCACAACCUUAAAUGCGGCACCUUCUAUUACAGUUACCUCUUCCUCCGCUGCCUUUACUGCCCGCUCGCGUGGAGCCAGUCUGGCCCGUAGAAACACCUUUCCACGGCCACUGGACUCCACAUCUUCGGGUCGCCGUAUCACACGUAUUUACCGAAUCAUCCUCCUCGAUGAGGAGUCUCUUGAAGUGCCUCUAAAAAAAUCGGCAACUGGAUCGGACCUCUUUCAGGAAGUGUGUCGGUACCUUGGUCUGCGGGAGGUUGAGUUCUUUGGCCUCUACUUUUACAAGCAUCCCUUGGCCGAUGUUGCAGACGUCAGUGCCUCCUUGGCGUCCUUCACCAAACGAAUGCCAUGGCGGAUGGAGGUUGUGGAACAGCGCGCCAUUCAUCACCGUGGUGUUCCGUUUUGGUUGAAGAUGGAUCGAAAAGUAGUGGAUCAAUGUAGGAGAAACACACAAUUUUGGUUCGGUGUCCGCAUCUAUCCACCCAAGCCACAUGAGGACAUUUAUGACGAAAUGACGCGCUACCUCCUAUGUUUGCAAUUGCGAAAGGAUCUGCUCUCCGGGAGACUGGCCUGCUCCUUCUUUACUUACACUCUUCUGGCGGCGUAUUGGGCGCAGUCGGAGCUAGGUGAUUGGGAUCUCCACGUUGUGGGUACCUCUCCGUCAUCGGAUUACCUCACUCCCCUUUGCCUCGCUGCGCCCCCCGCUCUGUCCUCUACUGGUGACGCUGAUGGUGGCGGUAUGGGGGGAACAGAGGAGCGAUGGUGGUGCACCUCUCGGUCCGGCCCACCUCAACCUCCACCCUUGGUACAUCUCACUACAUCCUUCCUUCAACAAGUCGCUUUCUUCCACCGUGCUCUCAGGGGCUUAAUUCCAUCACGUGCUGAUUUGCUUUUCCUUCAAACGGCACGAAAGCUGGCAACCUACGGAAUUGACUUUCACCGGAUCCUGAAUUCAACAAGCUCUACGGUCCAUAUUAAAUUGACUCGACUCUCCAAAGAAACGAGCAUUCAAAGAUCCCAGAGUUUGCGUCUCAAGGCUGUAACUAGGUCACGAAGCCGAAUAAGCCUUUCACCAUCUCAUCUGCCAAAAGCUGAUUCAAACAUUUCCAUCCCGACUGAUGCUCCGAGCGACAUAUGUGAUCCAUCAACGUUGCUUCCCGAUCACCUUCACCAGUAUCCAUGCUUCCUUGGCGUAUUCCACGGUGGAAUUUACGUCUAUCGAGGUCGACUACGGUUGAGGUAUCACCCGUGGUCGGCAAUUGUGAAGAUGGCCUACCGACACGCUUCAUUCCGCUUGUGCUUACGGCUUGCCAACUCCGAGAAGGAUGGACUGGUUCGCGUGGUGAGGUAUGACUGUGGCACCACGGCUCUAGCGAAGCGCAUCUACCGCUCUUGCGUCGAUCACCACGCCCUCUUUCGUUUGCAUCGAUUGGAAGGAGGCGAAAGGGUGGUCUCGUGGACCUCUCAGGAGCCUUUCCCCUUUCCUACAGGAACGAGGUUGAGGCGUCUCCACCCUACUAUCACCACCACCGCCGCCUCGUUGUCCCCAGCCGCCUCCCCUGUCGCUGCUGGCGUCAGUACCGCUUCGUCUUUCGAUGCUAGACUCCGGCCCCUUAGCGAACCUGACAUUCGGGGCCCACAUGCUGAAAUUCCAACACCAUUGAACCGCCAAAGAAGUCGUGUCCUCUUGUCGGCGCACAAAUUCUUCCUUCGCCUUUUUCGUAAGCACUCCAUCUUGCCAGUGCGGAGGGCCUCCCAGCUCCUCUCCACGCGCCAUCUGCACUCUCCUCUAUCCGACCGGGUUCUUCAACAGCCGACGGAGGUAGAUGGACAAAGCACAGAUUUGGGCGUUCUGACAUUGGUAGAGGGACUUGAAACAACCUCUUUGUCAGCUGCUACCGCGACAUCCGCCUCACCACCUAUAUCACCUUUCUACACCCCCUCUGAAUGGAAUCGACCCCCUCUGCCAGGUCCGCUGUGGCGUAUGAGUCCUCUUGAUGCAACAGAUGGCUUGCUCUUUGAGCUCACUGGCGGUUUGACCGUUUCACGGGAUUGGAGACUUUCUGCUUGUCAAGAAGAGGUGGAAAGGAUGCCCUCUACCGAGUGGCGCGGUUGUCGUGCCACCUGGGGUGUCUCAGAGAGUUCAUAUUCUUCCAACACUUCCUUCUCCUUCGGUCCGCGCCGAUUAUUCUUUGAAAAUGCAAGUCUCAUUCUCGGUGAAGAUGUGCAAGGUUUUGCCUAUCAAACAUCAUCCAUCCUCUCCUUGUCAAAUAAAGAUACACUGAAUGAGGAUUGGUUCCAAGUUGCAGUGAGUGGAGAACAGGGAAUAGACAGUUUUUCACACUCUGGCGCGCUGAUAAUUGGUGGUACCAGUGCUGACGUGAUCGGUUCAUAUCAGGGCGAUGUAAUUGGUUGUUAUCUCGAUCUCGAUGUCCGAUUGGCACAUUGGACGAAAAACGGUGUAACUUCCGCUGACAUGACUAUUUCAAUCGCUCGAUUUCCUUCCGAGACCGUAUUCUUUCCUGCUUGUGCGAUUAGAAACUCGUCUGUAACUUUUAAUUUUGGUGACACACCAUUCGCGUAUGGGCCAAUGCUCUUGACCGGAGAAAACUCGCAUUCCAGUUGGUUGCCUUUGGCAUCCGCCAAUCUCAUAGCUGAAGUAGCUGCUAGGGGCUCCUCCAGUCCCAUUGCAGCGGGUCAUCUGCCUAUUCGUCUUGUUCCAAAUCCUCGCACUGGUUGGCAUCUUAUUUCCGGCAACUCUUCCGGAUCUAUACUUUCUCCUGAUGGGCUCUGUGUUCGUGCUAUCCUUCAUUCGGGUUGGCAGACCCUUCGCGCCUCGGAAUCGAUUCCCUCUUCAAUGGAGGUGGCGGCAGAGAAGCAAUCGCAUUCAAAGUCCCAACUUCCAAGUGUUUAUUUUGAGGUGCAUCUAUUGGAGUCCCUCACUGCUACUCCCGGAGGUGGUGUUUUUAUGGGGUUUGAUACAUCUUUAUCCUCCUCCUCCUCUCCCUUCGCCGCUUCCACCUCCUCCUGUCAAUUCGGCGCAGAAUGUGUGGAUUCUUUUGGAAUUCUGUGCGAGCAGGCUUCGGAUAACCAAACAUAUCUAGUUCAUGCGGGAGUUAAGCAGCCCUACGGAAAGGGACUACACAGGAGCGAUACAGUUGGUUGCAUUUUGAAUUUACAAAGCGGUUUGAUCUUCUGGUCCAUCAAUGGCGAAUACCUUGGUCACAUUGUGCAGAUCUGCGCUUCCCAUACGGUUGGCAGUUCCACAACUGCUGACGACGUGAUUAUCAUUCCUCGGGGGCGAGAUCAGUCCAGUCCUCCCUUUACUCCCGUCUUCUGCCUCGCUAACACCUCCAUCGAGGUGAAUUUUGGAGACGGAGCCACGCCUCUGAAGUACAUCAACAAGCACACCAACUGCAUUCCUCUGUGCCACUAUCAACGCUUGUUAGAUGGCUGUAGUCUGGUGCAACACCUUCCAUCAUCGCCUCAAGCGUUACAUCCGGGCAAACGGAUAGAGGGAUCGUCACCAAACUAUCGGCAUAACUCGUUCGCACAUUGUCGCUUUCCAGCCAAUCAGAAUGGAAGAAAUGAUCACCUACCUUCUCUCGCCUCUCUUGGAGUUCACAAGUCCGCCUCAUGUCUCUCUGCUCCCGCCGCCGCCACUAUGAAUCUUUUAGUGCCGACGGAAAUCUUGGACGCUCUUAGCAUUUUGCAAUCAAGGAUCCCUCUAGUACCCAUAAAGACCCGACUUUGGCGCCGCGAUUCUGCUGAACCCGCGUCACAUAAGCCAAUCACCUCUCCGACUUUCGCGGCUCCUUGGUCACGAGCCAAUCAGAUGCUGCCAAUCGUGCGUACUCAUCGUAUCGCCGUCUCCACAUUACCACCGAGCGCUGGUAUCAUGGAGACUGAUAUUGAUAAUGACACCGCUUUGUCGACGGCGGCGAUGACGAUUGCGAUAGAUGGCAGUCUUCGUCGCUCUGCUUCGGAUACCAUACAACGAGCUCUAGUUCGUCACCUCUGUGGCCAAUCUCAACAGAGCAGUGCCUCUGCUGCCAACCAGUCUUCUUCCUCAUCUUUAGUUGAACGACGCAUGGCGCAAAUCCCACUGGUGCCAACUCGGAUCGUCCACACGCAGGCUUAUACUAAUAAAUCCUCAAUGCUCUGUUUCCCAAUUGAUCACGAAGGGAACAAAAACGAAGCGAAAGAGUCGGUUGUUAUGACUGUGGAGGCUGGUGAGGAAACGAUAGCUAGACGGCGCCAUGUCAUGGAUUUGACAUUACCUCCCUCCAUAGCUAAAGAAGACCACCACAUCGCCAGUCCACCUCUGGCGGAAAUCGUCUAA